AUGGAACCAACAUUAUGUUUUCAUUUAUGUGAAACACCAAUUAUUUAUAUACAAGGUAGCAUUUGUCGAUGUUCAGGUGGUGGUCUUAUGGAUCACAGUCGACAAAGAGAUAAUUUCUGUACAACACUAUGUCCAGCACCAGGCAGUCGUCAAAUUAAAACAACUAAUACAUGUGGCGGUCAAGAAACCUAUUCAGCUUAUGCUGAAUAUCAAUUUUAUAUUCGACAUGCUCAUUUAUUUGACUAUCGAAUUCAAUUUACUUCAUGUCAAUUUUGGAAUACGUCUGGUUAUUAUGAUACAUUGCAAGUUAAAAUUCAUGAAUCCUCUGUUAAAUCAUCAUUGACUAAAUUAGAACGAUGUGCAGGUGCAUGUUUUGAUCGAAAUGCGACGACAAAAUCAAUAGAUUCUGAUCGUGCACAUUAUUUAACAAUUUUACCAAAUAACAGUUGUAAUAGUUAUUGUGAUAAUACAUGGGGUGAUUCAAACGUCGAACAUAAAUUCAAAUGUGGUUCAUUGAACGAUUCACGUAUAUGGGCUAUAUAUGAAUUAACUGAUUUAUGCCCAACUGAUUUUGUUUACAUAAAAGAAUUAAAAGAAUGUAUGUCUACGUAUAGAGGACUUUGGGAUUCAUGUCCAUCAUCAUCGAUAAAGUAUGUCUAUAAUCAAAAUAUAACAUGGAAUAAUUUUCUAAAAAUUAUUGAAAAGUUAAACUUAACUAAAUCAAUUGUUUCAAUAGAUUUUGAUAAUGAUGUUACUAUUGAUCCUUCAUGGAAAUGCUCAACAACAACAAAUUCAACUCAUUCAAGUACAAGAUAUUUCACUUCAAGUUUUGAUACACAGUAUUUAUUAGAUAAUGGUUGUUUACGUGUAGAUUCAUAUUCAUGGUCUGUACGUAGAUUAUCAUAUCGUUUGUGUAUAACAUAUUCAAUAAAUAGUGAUUCGUUAUUUGAUGCCUUUGAAAGUUAUUUAACUUAUACAUCUCCUGUUACUCAAAUGAUGUAUGAUUGUCCAACGAAUUGGCUUGAUUUAAAUAAGCAUUGUUAUCGAAUAUCGGAUGAACGUAAAACAAUACAAGAAGCAAGAAAUAGUUGUAUUGCUGUAUCCAAGGCUGAACAAAAUAAAAAACAUGAAGAGAUUAUAGCAUAUAUUAGUGAUAGUUAUGACGAUGAUGAUGAUAAGAAGACAGAAAGGGAUAAUAAAAUCAAGGAUUAUAUUAGUGAUUUACUUAAAGGCGAAAUCGUUCAAUAUACAUCACAAUGGCAAGGUCGUCUUGGCUUUUUCCUGCUUGACACAAACAUAUCAAGUAAUGAAUCAACAAAUCAAGAUGAUAAAAAGAUGCCAUCAUUAGGAUCCAAUCUUAAUAUUAAUCGUUCAUCUAUGAAUGAAUUUCAAUUGAUUGAUUUAAAUGAAAUUAAUAAGUCAGCUGGAAAAAGUGACUCAUGUUUAGUGUUUACACGUUCAAUGAUUGACGAUAAAGGAAGUUCUAUUUUAAAAAAUACUCGAGUUAAUAAUUGUUCAAACCCAAGACAUGUUUUAUGUACAACAAAAUCAAUAAUGACUCAUCAUUCUGAAAAAGGUUGUUUUCAUAAACCAUUAACACUUGGUGUACCAGUCAUGAUAUCAAAUCAUUUAACAUAUGAAUUAUGUUUAUCAGUUUGUAAAGGAUUAGAAACAAAUUUAGUUAUUCUUCAUGUGAAUAAAUGUUAUUGUUUCAAUGCUGCUUUGACAUGGUUAGCUGAAACCACACGAAAUAAUUCAAAACAUAAAAAACAAGAUUGUGGAAAUCCUUGUCCGGGAAAUAAACAUGAACGCUGUGGUGAUGACAACACAAUCGUUAUCUUUUAUAUUGUUGAUACUCUAUUUGCAUCCAGAGUCGGAUUUCGAAAUAAACUAGAUAAACCAAAUCCUGAUUUUAUUUUUGAUGACUGUGUAAAUUUAAAUUCUGUGAAUCCAUCAACAAUGUAUCAAUUCAAUUUCAAACGUACAAGUGAUAUUCAUCCACGUCAUUGUUUAGAACUAUGUACUAACUAUAAACAAACAUAUGCUCUUCUUAAUUUAAACAAAUGUUUAUGUACCAAUGUUUCACCGAAAAAGAAACAAUAUGAUCUCUUCACAUCUCUAGGUCUUAACUGUACUCGAGAAUGUCCAGCAAAUUAUUUUUAUACAUGUGGAAAUACAAGCAAUUCAUCGAUAUAUUCAAUGUAUGUAAUGGAACUAAAUUGUCCUGUUGGUUUUAUGCUAGAUAAAGAUAAACGAAGAUGUGUAUAUACAGAUACUUUGACAGAGAAAGAUUCUUUUUUAGAUGCACAAUCAUACUGUAGAUCAAUUGGUGGUAUGCUUGCACAAAUGAACGAUAUUUUAGGAAUUCAAGACGUUUUACUCAGUUCAGUUUUCAUUUUCUAUCAUUCACUCAGCCAUUCAUCAUAUUAUUAUUCAAGUCCAUUUGAUAAUAAAAAGUAUUUUUGGAUUGAUCGUACAUCCAAUACUAUAAACAACAAUAAAAACUUAGAUCGUCUUAUUGAAAGAUGUUCUCAAACAUCAAAAUUUGCUGAUCGAAAUUGUAUUCUUCUUCGUUAUCAAAAAAUUCUAAUUGAUAAUAUAACAAGUUAUGAACGAUGCUUUACUGAAUCAGAUGAAUGUUCAUCCAAGUCUGCUAUACCAGUUUGUGUUGAUAAACAUUUAGAAUCUGAUUCAACUAUUAUUCCUCCGAUUACUGAUAACAGUUCGUCAAUUAUAUCAGUUCAUACAUCAAUAGAUUAUUCAUGUGGGCAUAAUAAAGAGUAUCAUCUUAUCGAUCAAUAUUGUUAUAAAGUACACUUUCACGAGACGACUUGGCAGGAUGCAAAAGCUGAAUGUGAACGUGAGGAUGCUAUGUUAUUCAUACCUGAAAAAACGAUCAUAUUAGAAAUGAUAAAAUCGUUAUUUUUACGUCGACGUAGUUACACAUCAUCUGGUGUUGCACAUGUUGGCCUCAUGUAUAAUAAUCAAAAUCGUACUGUUAUACAAUAUAACACGAAGGAUGGAAAAGUUUUAGGAAACGUAUCAGAUCCCGAUUCUUCGUACUAUGAAUGUGAAAGAACAUUUCGUAGACGUUAUGAAACAUUAUGGUCAUCAUUGUUUUUAUCAACAAAAGAAAAGAAUCAAUUAAAAUCUCAGCAAACUGGUUGUGGAUAUGUUGAUUUUCGAUCUGACAUGGGACUAUCUAUUUCAUGUGAUGAAAUACCUUGUGAUCGGCUAGCAACUGUAAUAUGUCAAAAGUCGCCGAUUCGAAAAACACGUGCCAUUAUAGCAAAACGGUUAGUUCUCAGUACAAUAGAUGCCAAGUAUAAUCAGAUUUGUCUUUGUAAACUGUAA